AUGGACAGUGGAGAAAUAAAGAGUCGUUAUGUUAUCUUGCAUCUAGAAGUUCUUCACGGAUCUGAUCGUUAUGAAAUUAAUUUGCAUAUGGAACGUGAACCUCUGGUUUACGACUUGCAAGAAGAGCUAGAGAAAAAAGCUCGUGUAACAGUUGCAAAUCAGAAAUUAAAUUUUCGAGGUCAACGGCUGCAUCAAAGUCCAGAUAAACCAUUGUCUGCUUUUGGAUUAUUUAAUGGGAAUCGAAUUAUGCUUAUUGGGGAAAAGGAAGCUAUAGCUCCUCAAUACUGCCACAACUUACUUGCUGAUUUAUAUGCGAAAGUACAACGGUGUGGUCAAGAUUUAAAUACGUUUAAUCAAGUUGCAAAUAAUGUGAAUGUUGAUUCUUCGGAAUGUGAUGCAUUAAAAAAAAAGAAUCAGACACUCGAACGAAUCAAAGAUCUCAUAGAUAUUUCAAAUAAUGUAUCGUCUGCUAUUGCUAAUUAUGGUGCUCAAUAUCAACAUCGAAAGCAAUAA